AUGAAUGGCGAAUUCCACAGUCACAUGGGGAAAGUGAAGCAUCACGACGUCAUGCGCACUGGAUUUGGAGGAAUGGUUCACACGCACCGUGGCAAAAGUCUGCUAGCAUGUCCCUUGACCCUCGAGGAGUACGUGUUGAACAUGCCCAGGUCAGCCACGCCGAUCUAUCCCAAGGAUGCAGCUGCCAUCGUCAUGCUGGCGGACCUUGAGAAUGGCAUGAGAGUGAUCGAGUCGGGGACAGGCAGCGGAGGGCUCUCGUUGUUCCUCUCUCGGGCGGUAGGACCCGAUGGUGUUGUGUGGAGCUUUGAUCGUCGGGUGGACUCUCUUCGUAACGCUGCUCGGAACAUCUCCACCUGGCUGUCCAGGAACUCAGCUUCUCCUAUGGAGGAGGAGCAGGGGAGCGGCGACAGCAGCAAGGAUCUUGCUGGGUUCACCCCUGACUUCCGCACUGGCAAUGUUCUCCUCCACCACCUUGACUUGUGCGACGCUGACUUGCCGCAUGAGUGUGCGGAUGCGAUCAUUCUUGACAUGAUGGAGCCAUGGUUGGCUCUCUCCCGCGCGGAGAAAGCGCUCAAGUACAGCGGAAGUCUCAUCCUCCUCUGCCCCAACAUCACUCAGAUCACCUUCUUCAUGGACGCCCUCAGCAACUCGGGCCUGUCCCUUACGCUCACUCGCGUCCUUGAAGUCUCCCAUCGUACAUGGGAUGUGAAGUUGCCAGUCGCUCACCCGAGCUUCCGACAGGUUCUUGUUUGA